UUUUAUCUCCUUACGGCAUUUCUGGCUCCCCGGUUAAUGUUAGCUAACGGUAGCUAGCUAACUUAGGACCGCUGCUCGUUCGUUGAUGGCUCGAUUGCUACAGCUAAUUAGCUUGGACCUUGUAUGCUGUCUUUCUGUGUCUGUGAGCAUGAACCUCGGUCAAUAUGGAAGAAUAGGGCACACCAGGGUCUGAGGGAAAUGGAUUUUGAUUUGUCCCAGUCCUGCUACCUAGUGUCUCCUCACUUCACUACCAGCCACCUCUGAAGGACUUGGAGACGUUUAUGGGAACUACAACCGGGCUCGCUCUCUGAGGAUUUAAGCUCUUCCUUCGGGACGCCAUUUUCCACCGUAGCGGACGGUGCACACAGCAAGAAAAUCAUGGCGAACAACUCGUACAGCGGAGUGAAGAACUCCACGGCAAUGGCCAACCACGAUGGGGACUUUGGUUGCUCGCUCAAGGACCUGCGGGCCCUCAUGGAACUGCGGGGGGCGGAGGCAAUAAGCAAAAUUGGGGAAAGUUAUGGGGAUGUUCAAGGACUAUGCACCCGAUUGAAAACAUCACCUGUAGACGGUUUAAGUGGGCAGCCUGCAGACAUCGACAAGAGAAAACAAGUGUUUGGGAAGAACUUAAUACCUCCAAAAAAGCCAAAAACAUUUCUUCAGUUAGUUUGGGAAGCAUUACAAGAUGUAACGCUGAUUAUCCUUGAAGUGGCAGCCAUAGUUUCAUUAGGCCUUUCUUUUUACAAACCUCCAGAUGCUGAACGGAAAAACUGUGGGAAAGCAGCUGGAGGAGUCGAGGAUGAAGGCGAGGCGGACGCGGGCUGGAUCGAGGGUGCCGCCAUUCUGCUGUCUGUCGUCUGUGUGGUGCUAGUGACCGCGUUCAAUGACUGGAGCAAAGAGAAGCAGUUCCGCGGCCUACAGAGCCGCAUUGAACAAGAGCAGAAGUUUGCCGUGGUCCGCGGCGGCCAAGUCAUUCUGAUCCCUGUAGCCGAGAUUGUGGUCGGCGACGUUGCACAGAUAAAAUACGGUGACCUCCUGCCCACGGAUGGUGUGCUUAUUCAAGGGAAUGAUCUCAAAAUCGACGAGAGCUCGCUCACGGGGGAGUCGGACCAUGUCAAAAAGACACUGGACCGGGAUCCAAUGCUUUUGUCAGGUACCCACGUCAUGGAAGGCUCUGGGAAGAUGCUGGUCACGGCCGUGGGCGAGAACUCUCAAACUGGAAUCAUCUUUGCUUUACUGGGUGCCUCAGAGGAAGAUGACGAUGAUGAGGAUGAGAAGGAGGCCAAGAAAAAGGAGAAGAAGGAGAAGAAAAAGCAAGAUGGAGCUGCUGAUAACCGCAAGAAAGCUAAAGCCGCAGAUGGAGCUGCCAUGGAGAUGCAGCCACUCAACAGCGCCGACUCUGACGAGAAGAAGAAAUCCAACUUAAAGGAGAAGAAGGAGAAGUCCGUUCUUCAGGGGAAACUCACCAAACUAGCGGUCCAAAUUGGAAAAGCUGGUCUGGUGAUGUCCGCCAUUACAGUCAUCAUCCUGGUCGUGCUGUUUGUGGUGGACACCUUCUGGGUCCAAGACCUUCCCUGGGACACAGAAUGCACGCCCAUCUACGUCCAGUUCUUCGUCAAGUUUUUCAUCAUUGGUGUCACUGUGCUGGUGGUGGCUGUCCCCGAGGGUCUUCCCCUGGCCGUCACCAUCUCCCUGGCCUACUCCGUUAAAAAAAUGAUGAAGGACAACAACCUGGUGCGUCACCUGGACGCCUGCGAAACCAUGGGCAACGCCACAGCCAUCUGCUCGGACAAGACCGGGACCCUGACCAUGAAUCGCAUGACCGUGGUGCAGGCCUACCUGGCCGACAAGCAUUACCGCAAGGUGCCGGAGCCGGAGCUCGUCCCUGCCGCCAUCAUGGACAUCCUCAUCCUGGGCAUCAGCAUCAACUGCGCUUACACGACCAAGAUCAUGUCUCCGGAGAAGGAGGGCGGUCUGCCGCGCCAGGUGGGCAACAAAACUGAAUGUGCCUUGCUGGGCUUUGCCAAUGACCUGAAGCGUGACUACCAGGCCAUCCGCAACGAGAUCCCAGAGGAGCAGCUCUACAAGGUCUACACCUUCAAUUCCAGCAGGAAGUCAAUGAGCACAGUGCUGAAGAACCCAGAUGGGAGCUUUCGCAUGUUCAGCAAGGGUGCCUCUGAGAUCAUUCUCAAGAAAUGCUGCAGGCUGCUGACGGCGAGUGGCGAGGCCAAGGUGUUCCGACCCCGGGACCGAGACGACAUGGUGAAGAAAGUGAUUGAGCCCAUGGCGUCGGAGGGCCUCCGCACCAUCUGCCUGGCCUACCGCGACUUCCCGGUCUCAGAGGGCGAGCCCGACUGGGACCAGGAGAACGAUAUUCUCACCAGCCUGACGUGCGUGUGUGUGGUUGGCAUCGAAGACCCCGUCCGGCCUGAGGUCCCAGAUGCCAUCAAGAAGUGCCAGCGUGCCGGCAUCACUGUACGCAUGGUCACCGGGGACAACAUCAACACGGCUAGAGCCAUCGCCACCAAGUGUGGCAUCUUGCAGCCCGGAGAUGAUUUCCUGUGCAUUGAUGGCAAGGAGUUCAACCGACGGAUACGCAACGAGAAAGGAGAGAUUGAACAAGAGCGCAUCGAUAAGAUCUGGCCUAAACUCAGAGUGCUUGCACGAUCCUCGCCCACCGACAAGCACACUCUUGUGAAAGGCAUCAUUGACAGUACGGUUUUGGAACAGAGACAGGUGGUAGCAGUUACUGGAGAUGGCACCAAUGACGGGCCCGCCUUGAAGAAAGCUGAUGUGGGCUUUGCCAUGGGUAUUGCCGGCACCGAUGUAGCCAAGGAGGCGUCUGAUAUCAUCCUGACCGACGACAACUUCAGCAGUAUAGUGAAGGCCGUGAUGUGGGGCCGCAACGUCUACGACAGCAUCUCCAAGUUCCUCCAGUUCCAGCUGACUGUCAACGUGGUGGCCGUCAUCGUGGCCUUCACCGGAGCUUGCAUCACCCAGGACUCUCCUUUGAAGGCAGUCCAGAUGCUGUGGGUGAACCUGAUCAUGGACACCUUUGCCUCCCUGGCCUUGGCCACGGAGCCCCCCACGGAGUCCCUCCUGCUGAGGAAGCCGUAUGGCCGCAACAAGCCUCUCAUCUCCCGCACCAUGAUGAAGAACAUCCUGGGCCACGGUGUCUACCAGCUCGUCAUCAUCUUUACCCUGCUCUUCGUAGGCGAGCGUAUAUUUAACAUUGACAGCGGACGUUAUGCCCCCCUCCACUCGCCGCCCUCUGAGCACUACACCAUCAUCUUCAACACCUUCGUCCUCAUGCAGCUCUUCAACGAGAUCAACGCCAGGAAGAUCCACGGCGAGCGCAACGUUUUUGACGGCAUCUUCAACAACCUCAUUUUCUGCUCCAUUGUGUUCAGCACCUUCGUCAUCCAGGUAGUGAUCGUGCAGUGGGGGGGCAAACCGUUCAGCUGUGUCGGCCUGACCAUCGACCAGUGGCUGUGGUGCACCUUCUUGGGCUUUGGCAGUCUCCUCUGGGGUCAGCUGAUCUCAUCCAUCCCCACCAGUCGUCUGACGUUCCUGAAGUCGGCGGGCCACGGCACCCAAAGGCAGGAGAUCCCCGACGAGGAGCUGGAGGACAUGGAGGACAUGGAGGAGAUAGACCACGCUGAGCGUGAGCUGCGCCGAGGGCAGAUCCUCUGGUUCAGGGGCCUCAACCGCAUCCAGACUCAGAUGGAUGUAGUGAAUGCCUUCCAGAGCGGAAGCUCCUUUCAGGAGCGCCAGCUAAGGCGGCAGCCCUCCACCUCCAGCCAACAACAGCACGAUAUUCGGGUGGUGAAUGCUUUCCGCAGCUCCCUCUCCCCCUAUGAGGGACUGGAAAAGCCUGAGUCUCGUAGCUCUAUCCACAACUUCAUGACCCACCCGGAGUUCCGGAUAGAGGACUCGGAGCCCUCCAUCCCCCUCAUCGACGACACGGACGCAGAGGACGACGCCCCAACCAAGCGCAACUCCGCCUCCCCCCGCAACGUCACGCCCACCCCGCCCUCCCCGACACCCUCGCCCAACCAGAACAAUAAUGCAGUGGAGAGCAGCAGCAACCACCUCUAUGUGGAGGCAAGUGGGGCCGCAGGGACCCCCUCGGCCCCAGGGAGCCCACUACACAGCCUGGAGACGUCCCUCUGAUCCAGCCCACUAUCCCACUCCUUAGCCCCUACCACCACCACAACAUCCACUUAUCUACCCGCGACGAGGAGCUUGUUCGUCUCCGAGGAGGAGAGACGGCAGAGGAGAUGAAAGGGGGAGGGGUAGACUGGAGGGGGGGCGGAGAGUCUUCUGUAAGCUUAGGGCUUGUGCUGGACUGGAACGAGCAAACAUUCACAACGAUCUAGGGAAUGGUCUUUGACACUUUUUUUUUUUUUUUGUUUUGUUCUUAAAAUACCCCUCUGGCAAUGUGAGGGCUUCUUUUGUCUCCACCCCUCCCUCCAUGAUAAUUUAUUUGUUGUUCUCUGUACAAGAGGGGUGAAUAUAAACUCAGAUUGAAAGUGACCUGUAUUUUUUUAUUAAUUAUUAUUAUUAUUAUUGUUAUUAUUUUUACGAGGAGAGGGAGGUUCUCCAAGUGGCUUGAAGAUCAGCUGUAAGAAAUGAAAGAACCUUUUAGUUUCUCAUUAUCUGAAUGGUGUUGUAUAUUUAUCUAUCUUUGGCCCUUGCUCAUUCAAAAAUGUAUUUCUGCUCCAUUGGCUGUUAAUAUUUUGAAUUAUUUAUGUUUUUGAAAAAGCAGGUCUGUUUACAAAGUUUGUAGAUACUUUUUUUCUGUUUGUAGGCGAAAGAGCUUCCUGACAUAUGAUACAGAAAACUAGGGGACGGAGUAAAACAUUGAAUGAGAGGACUAUUUCAGAUACUGCUGUAUUUUCAGGAAAAAAGGGUGUUUCUAUUGAAACUUAACUAUUUUUGCCUGCAAUUGUUAUUUGUUAUAUAUUUGUAGAUAAAUAGAAACCUUCUAGCCAAACAGAUAAACACUAAGGCUUGUAUAGCGAAGAGGUCCGGGGGUGGGGGUGGGUUUCAACAGCAGAGUUAUAGGGCAAGUACCAUCAGGACCUCUGUGCAUUCAUAUAUCAAUAUUUACAACCUUAAUUGCUUUAGCAGUUUCAAGUUCUGUUUUUCACAUUCAUGGCAAAACUCAAAGUUCCUGCUACUUAUGUUAUUAAUUGAUGUUCAAGGGGGAGGGAAAUGAAAAUCUGAUUAGUUUCACGUUCAGGAUUCAAUUCCUAUAAAGAGGUUUGGCAGUUGGUCAUCACAUUAAGAAUUUUUUUUUUUU